AGUCCAAACAUGCCACGUCCCAAGGUCCUUCCUGCGAAUCGUCUAAGGGCAAACACUGCCUGUACCGCCUGUCGCGCCUCCAAGAAGCGCUGCAGCGGCAGCUUUCCCUGCUCCAACUGCCUCCACAAAGGACGCGGACGGACAUGCAUACCGUUCAAGGCCGUAUCGGAUACAGGACAGCGCAACCGCCCGGUUCCCACAUCGCGAUCGGUAGUAGACUCGGGUCCGACCUGGAACGACUCAGCAGACACAGUCGGCAUCCAGAGCCCGACCGUCUCUCACGACACCAGCCGAUUCCCAUAUCCUGAUUCCCAAGCCCUCGAGGCGGGUUCCCGAUCCCCGGAGGCCACUCACCGGACUCAUCCGCGAAUGCUACGGAACUUGCAAGGCGAACGAGUCUACGUCGGCAAAGCUGCCUCGCUGUCAUUUCUGCAGCUCCUGCGGGAAACCGUCAAUCAGGAAAUCGGACCAUCCCAGUUCUCUCAUAAUGUCAAGAGCGAGGACAUGCUCGAGACAGAAGCUCAACAUGACACGCUGAAUUUCGCCGAAGAACGCUGCGAUGCGGACGAGAAGCGCCGGUUUAUCCAGAACUAUCACGCAGCGAUAAGCGGCUUUCUGUAUUUUGGAUGCAAUAUCGAUCCAACUCUGUCAGAUGCGACCCCGCCCAAAACCGAUAGAGAAAAGACCAGGGCGGCCAUUGGCGAUUUGAUGAUCGCCAUCGGAGCCCAGUCAUGUCCGGACGAUCCAAGUUGUCGUCAGGCUGAACGGUUCUUCCUUGCCCGUGGCCAAGCCAGGACAUUUGCCAAUAUGCUCGAGGACCCGAGUAUGGAUCUUGUUCGGGUGUUUCUUCUCAUGUCAUUUUACAUGCUUGGGGCUUGCCGCCGGAACGCGGCUUUCAUGUACUUGGGUGUAGCAGCGCGAUCUGCCGUUGCUCUCGGACUUCACGCUGAUUCCUCGGAGACUAUCAGCCGCACCGAGCAGCAGGAAAGUGACAAAACGGCGUCCAUAGAGACAGCCGAUAUGCUUCUUGCCAAACUGAAUCGUUGGAGUACAUGCCUGCCAGACUCACUGCGGACUACAUCUCUCGAAAAUGAUGACGACGGCUCUACUCAGGAACGUGUUAUAGGCAACCUGCAUGUGGCUUGCUCGUAUCACUUUGCCGUUAUCCUUGUUACUCGUCCGUUUCUCAUAUCCGCACUGAGCGUCCGGCUGGCUCGGCUGCAUCAAAGUUUAUCGGCCGGUGUGCCCAGUGAACCGCUGGAGCAGGAUCCGACGCACUCACGAUUGGCAUCUGCAUGCAUCGACUCGGCCGUGGCUUUCGUCUUCGCCGCAGCCCUGGUACUGGGAUUCUCCAUGUUCUCGCACCGGGAAAUCGAUACCGAAGUAGACGGCGCCUUCAGCAGCGCUCUCGCCAUCUUACGCAUGCUAUCCCAGCAAUCCGCCCAAGCAGCACACUAUCUCGAAAUUCUAACAUUGCUAGAAGCAGCCGUAACACAGCAGCGCCAGCGACUGGCCGCCCAGGCCCGCCAAAGACGAAGCCAGUAUGUCAAUCGGAUAUUUAGUCUGAGCGAAAACCCGGCUACUCCGCGAGCAUCCAGCGAGGCUGAUAGCCAAGCUAAUAACGGUACUCCGCUUCUACUUGCACAAGGUGGCUCGCUUUAUCCGUGGCAUACUUCGGAUGAUAACACGACGAUGACUCCGCCGAUCGUGGAUGCGUUUCCAGAUUGGGAGGGCAUGGAGUUACCGCUGUGGGACAGUUUUCCUUUUCUUACCGAGCCGUCUGUGACGCUCUGA